GGCUUCUUCUUCACUGGGAAUCUUCACUGGGAAUAUUCACUAGUAAUCUUCACUAGCCAUCUUCAUCUCUUGGCAUCUAUGCAUUGCUAAGCCCUCACCUUUGAAGCUCAACAUGGAAAAAUCCAUCUCCCCCACCGUCCACGCCGAGGGCCACCACCUCGAGCCCGACCUCAAGAACCCAACCACCACCGAACAGGCCAGACAGGGCUCCGAGGAUGAACACAACCUGCCGCCCCUCGAGGCCAUUCGCAAGUACCCCCGGACCGUCUUCUGGUGCCUCGCCGUCUCCAUGUGCGUCGUCAUGGAAGGCUACGACACGAACCUGCUGGGCAACUUCUACGCCUACCCCGGCUUCGCCAAGAAGUACGGCCACUACAACGCCGCGACGGAUAAUUAUCAGCUCACGGCGGCUUGGCAGGCUGGCUUGAGCAAUUCGUCGGCCGUCGGAGGAUUCUUCGGCACGUUGCUCAACGGCUACCUGGUUGCGAAAUUCGGUCAUGUCCGCACGCUGCUCGGCUCCUUGAUCUCGCUGAGCGCCUUCAUCUUCAUCGUCUUCUUUGCACCCAACAUCAAGGUCCUCGUCGUUGGCGAGAUCUUCUGCGGUGUUCCCUGGGGCAUCUUCGCCACCACCGCCCCAGCCUACGCCUCCGAGGUGCUGCCCAUGUCGCUGCGAAUUUACCUCACCAGCUGGACCAACAUGUGCUUUAUCAUCGGCCAGCUCAUCUCCGCCGGCAUCAUGGCGGGCCUGGUCAACAACACCACCGAGUGGUCGUACCGAGUCCCCUUUGCCAUCCAGUGGUUCUGGCCCGCCGUGCUUAUCCCCGUGCUUUGGUUUGCCCCCGACACGCCCUGGCAUCUCGUGCGUCUUGGCCGCCAUGACGAAGCCGAGAAGUCACUGAAGAGACUCCGGCCGCAGGCUACUGAGGCAGAAGUCCAACAGACCCUGGGUCUGAUUGUGUACACCAACAACCUCGAGCAAGAGCUGGAGGUUGGUACCUCGUACUGGGACUGCUUCAAAGGCUUUGAGCUUCGUCGAACCGAGAUCGCUUGUGUUGUCUUCGCGGGCCAGAUCUUGUCGGGUCUUUACUUCGCCUACAACUCGACCUACUUUUUCCAGCAAGUCGGUCUGGACACGAACCAAACAUACCGACUCAACGUUGGUGGAAACGCCAUGGCACUCUUCGCAACUAUUCUGUCCUGGCUUCUUGUCAUGCCAUACGUGGGCCGCCGCACCGCCUAUCUCUGGGGCAUGGCCGCCAUGUUUGUUGUGUUGUUCCUCAUUGGCGGUCUCAACGCGCGCACUUCAGACGACAAGGUCGGCAUGGCUCAAGCAGUCCUGACGUUGGUUUGGACCUUUGUGUUCCAGCUUUCUGCCGGCCAGUUGGGAUGGGCUCUUCCUGCUGAGAUCGGCUCAACGAGACUGCGCCAAAAGACCAUCUGCUUGGCGCGCAACGCAUAUUCCAUUGCUGGAAUUAUCGCGUCCGUCCUCCAGCCUUACUUUAUGAACCCAACCAAGUGGAACCUGAAGGGGUACACCGGUUUCGUCUGGGGAAGCACAACCUUCCUCAUGUUCAUCUGGGCCUUCUUCAGGCUCCCGGAAACAAAGGACCGCACUUUCGAAGAGAUCGACUUGCUGUUUGCCAACAAGGUGCCGGCUCGCAAGUUCAGCUCUUACAAGAUCGAGGCCUUUGGUGAUGAACACGACACGUCGAAGAUUGAAGUCUAGAUUAUAUACCCAAUAGUAGUUUGCAGCGCUUUCAAAUUUAAAUCCAAAAUAUUUUUACCCAGC